UGAAAACUCUCUUUAGAACUCAUCAUUUGUUGAUCAGCCAGCAACGGUGUUGGUUGGUUGAGUUUGAGAAAAUAGAAAUAGCCUAUUAAACAAUUUAUCGCUAAAUUUAUUAUAGACAAUUUAAUGUAAUAGCCAACAAUAAUCAAACAUGUCUGCACUCGAUUUAACAAGUUUGGAAGAGUGUCUGGAGAAGCACAUACCACCAAACGAACUGAAAGAGGUGAAGCGUAUUUUGUAUGGCGUUCCAGAAGACGAUGUGCUAGAACUACCUGAAGCUUCCGUUUCCCUAGCUUCCGAUCAUGAUUUUGAGAUAAAAGGAUAUCGUCUAUCUGCGCAGAAAGAGCAAAUACGCAAACCACGCAUAGUGCGCGUGGGAGCUAUACAAAACUCCAUUGUACUACCCACCACUGCUCCGGUGGACAAACAGCGCGAAGCCAUUUGGAACAAAAUACGCAUCAUAAUCAAGGCAGCUGCCAAGGCAGACGUUAAUAUUAUUUGCAUGCAGGAAGCAUGGACAAUGCCCUUUGCAUUCUGCACGCGCGAAAAAUUUCCCUGGUGUGAAUUUGCCGAAGAGGCUGAAAAGGGUCCAACAACACAAAUGCUACAAGAGCUGGCCAAAGCCUACAAUAUGGUUAUUAUUUCAUCGAUACUGGAACGCGAUACAACACAUGGCGACACCAUCUGGAACACAUCGGUGGUGAUCUCAAAUCGGGGCCGCUAUCUUGGAAAACAUCGUAAGAAUCACAUUCCACGCGUCGGCGACUUCAACGAGUCCACCUACUACAUGGAAGGCAACACUGGCCAUCCCGUUUUCGAAACAGACUUUGGCAAAAUAGCAAUAAAUAUCUGCUACGGCCGUCACCAUCCACAAAACUGGUUGAUGUUCGGCUUGAAUGGUGCCGAAAUCGUAUUCAAUCCUUCGGCUACAGUGGGCGCACUCAGCGAGCCGCUUUGGGGUAUUGAAGCGCGCAAUGCAGCAAUUGCAAAUAGCUACUUCACAGUUGCAAUAAAUCGUGUCGGCAGCGAGGAAUUUCCCAACGAGUAUACAUCAGGCGACGGCCAGAAAGCGCACAAAGUAUUCGGACCCUUUUACGGUUCAUCUUACGUGACGGCACCGAAUGGCGCACGCACGCCGGGCUUAUCACGCAAUAGGGAUGGUCUGCUCAUCACCGAAAUAGACCUGAAUCUGUGCAGACAGGUGAAAGAUUUUUGGAAUUUCCCCAUGACACAGCGUCUACCGUUAUAUGCGGAGUCCUUCGCGCGUGCUGCACAACUCGACUUUGAGCCGCAAGUCAUUAGGGAGUAGAAUUUAAAAAGUUUAUGCAAAUUGUGUGGUAUCUUCUAUAAAUUUGUUAAAUAAUUAAGCAACAGCUUUG